AAACAAGUUGUAUGUUAUUGUUUAAUUUCGGGCAUGCGCACAACGCUAGAGAGCAAAAAGACAACUGUAUACCUGCCGCUUCCGCUUCAAAACAAUUCCGUUAACGACAUUAAACCUAAAGAUGAUGGAGAACAACAUGGAUGAAGACAGCUCUUCUGCAGUCAAUGUCAACAAUACCAAACAUCACCUUACAUAUCAAGGAGUUCAAUCUGCAACAGUCCGGCGCCCUUUUCUGUUGUUGGUGUGUUUGGGGAUGUUUUGUGUCGUUCUGGUUGGAAAAGUCGUCUACAUGACUGUGAUGACAACCAAGCAGCAUGAAAAUAUCAACAGCCUUACAACUGAAAAAAGUCACCUGGUUCAGCAACAAAAGAUGAUAGAGAGCCAGAUCAAGGAGCUGAUCCGAGAGAAAGAGUUGACCCAAUUCAAAGAAGGAAUUGACCAAGAAAAAGUGGAUCUGAUCCGAGACUUAAAUCAGCUGCGCCGCGACUUAUUGGAGGUAAACCGAGACAGAGAGAAGCUGAAGCAAGACAGAGAGGUGUUGAGACAAGAUGCAGAGGAGCUGAAACGAGACAGAGAAAAGCUUACUGAAGACAGAAAGAAGCUAAGCCAAGACAGAGAAAAGGUUAAUCAAGACAAAGAGGAGGUGAUCCGAGACAGAGAGGAGCUGAGGCAAAAAAGGGAGGAGCUGAAUCAAAAGAGAAGAGAGUUUAACAAAGACAAAGAGGAACUGAGAAAAAAGAAAGAGGAGGUGAUUCAGAAGACAGAGAAGCUGAACAAAGAGAAACAGGAGCUGACCAAAGAGAAACAGAAAGUUAAUGAAGAAAAAAAGAAGGUGAAAAAGGAGACAGAAAAGGAUCUGAGAAAAAGGACAAAGGAGCUCAAUAGAGAGAAAAAGCAGCUGAAUAAAGAAAAAGAGGAGUUGAACAAAGAUGAAGAGAAGCUUCUCAAAGAUAAAGAACAACUGAGGAGAGAAAAAGAACAACUCAGGAAAGGGACAGAGGAGCUUCGCAAAGGGACAGAGGAGUUUAGCAAAGAGACAGAGGAGCUGAGCAAAGAGACAGAGGAGCUGAACAAAGAGACAGAGGAGCUGAACAAAGAGAUUGAGGAGCUGAGCAAAGAGAAAGAUGAGUUGAGCAAAGAGUUAGAGAAGAUGAGGACAAAGCAAGAGGAGCUGAGCAAAGAGGAAGAUGAGCUGACUAAAGAGAAAGAGGAGCUGAGGAAAAAUCAAGAGAAGCUCAGCAAAAUGAAAGAGGAGCUGACCAAAGAGAAAGAAGAGCUCAACAAAGAAAAAAAGGAGCUGCCCAAAGAGAACGAAGAGCUGGGCAUUUAA